AUGGCAACAGCUGCAGUGGCUGCUGCAGCCACUACUCGAAGAACAAGAGAGCAGGAAUCCUCUGUCGAAAACGUCCUUGUUGGCCCUGCCAGGCCAGGCAUUGCUGUUACCCUUCCAAUCACUUGCGCAUGGUUUGAACGAGAGACGUGUCUUGCCAUUGGUUUAGUGUCUUGCUCUGCGUGUGACCUCUAUCGAACUGUUCAACAUCAGACUUAUUUCCUCGGCCGGCCGCAGCAGUCACUCUCUCGAGACUAUCGCUGCAGGAUUCCUUCGAAGCAAGUACAGCUAUUGCCUGUUAUUAUUGAUGCCCCUGUUCCACCCGCUCCUGCUGAGGAGUAUUCCGGUGUUCGUCGUUCUGCACGACACUCGGGAAAGAAGCGAAAAGCCAUUAUCAUUCCGGAUUCUUCCGGCGACGAGGACGACAGGACCGAAGAGAUUGUUCCUCCCAGAAGACCUCGCAAACGAUCUGCUCUUGGUGACAUUUCGAAUGGAGCUAGAUCUGCAAAAGCCUCUCGCGCCGAAGCACCUACUGCUAUCACCGCUGCAACAAGUACCGUCACUUCUCCGCGCGAAGAAACCAAUGCUACUACUGCAGCGACUGCAUUGUUGACUGCCCCCAAUCCACUACUUGGCAAUCCUACUGGUGUCGCUGCCGUUACCGCCACCAAGUUGACAAGGAAGCAAAAUGGAGUCCGCACUUCAACCUCUGUCGCCACAGCAGGAGACUUCCCCUCUCGCCUAUUAGAUAAUUCUUUCAAGUCUAUUCCAGUCACCAACACCAAACCCCGCUCUACACUUCCAUCACAACAAUCCCUAGUAAACAGCUCUGUUUGGUUCCGUUGGUACACUUCGAAAGGAAGACAACUGGACAAGGAUCUUCACAAGGCGGUCAUGGAUGAAAUCGGCAAAGACAAGAAGAAUGGCAAUUCCAAGCUGCGUCGUAUCAACUUGGACUUAUUUGCCAGAGUCAUUUGGUCUGUGAUCGGCUUUGUUUACCCAUCACGUUGGUUGCGCAGCAGAGCCAAGGCACUUGUGGAGGUUGUGUUUGGCUAUUUCUUGACUACAUUUCCAGAUUUCUUUCAUGACAUUCUAUUGAAAAAAUCCAGCCAACUGAUUAGGAAAGAAAGAAUGCAGGCUUGGAAGUUCCAACGAACAAUGGAUCUUUUUGCUACUGGCGGCCUUAACUAUGAAGCUUGCAACAGCUUGCGCAGUGGAGUGGAGGAGCUACCAAAGAGUAGCCAAGAUGGUGUCAUUCCGCAUGGUACAACGAUAGCAAGAACCGCCAAGCAAUUAGAGCAACAUGCCGAAGAAGACUUUGGACUCAGUAUCGUUGAAACAAUCAAUGACCAUGGUCCGACAUUGAGAUUUGAUUUCGAGAUCUAUUUGAGAAUGAUCCUUGCUGGCUUUGGACUAGAUCACCAUGCUGAGACUGGCAGCUUGUCAGAGCCUGUGUUGCUGGCUCAUACGCUAGAUGGAGCUCAGCUUACUGCUCACCUUGGCCAUGUCACGGCUGGAGUCAAGAUUAUCGAUCCAAGAGCUGUUGAUCCAAUCACUGGAAGGAAUCUGUUUUUGGACCACCUGUACCAAUCCAGAGAUCUAUGUUUUCCCUGUCAGAUAACCUUUGGCAGAGAUUGCAAAGACCUUUACACUGACUGUUUCCAUCAAUUUCACUCUCUGUUUAAUGGUGGUUUGGUCAUUCCAUCAUUGGGAGAUCUUCCCGAGUUGUCCAAUUUCAAUAUCGUGUCUCCCCAAGACAUGUCAUCGAUUUGGAAGACAACUGGUUUGGGUGGAGGCUCUCACCAAACUCUUCUCUUUUGCUAUGCCUGCAUGUGCCAUAACCAUCAAAAGCAUCUCUUCCAAACUGGUUCCAAUCGUUGCCCCACUUGUCAACGAUUGAAGGUAGGAAAGUGUUUCUGUCAUCCUGUCAACGACCAAACCUUCCUUGGGAGCACAAGGGAAGUACUCAAGAAGUAUGUGGAAGACGCAGUAGAUGAUGGAUAUGAGAAACUCAAGGCCGUCUCGAAGCGAAGCAACCUACGAACCAACCCACACCAAGUUGACAAGGCAUCCGACAAGACUCAUAUUGACUUUGUGCCAUUGACAGACUUAGACAUGAAAGGGUACAAGAACUUCCUGCGUUCAGAGCUGAAGCUACGAUUGGGAUCUAACAAAACAGCUUUGAGAGAAGCAAUGAAUAGAUCCAUCGAUGAUCGACGUGCUCUACUGAAAAGUCUUGUGGCAAAGGAAGACACACUUUGGCUUGCUAGACAAACUCUUACAAGACAUGAUCAAGUGAAUUCCCUGACUGAUAAGCUGCUGUGUGAGGAGGCUAUUCCGUGCAUCCUACAUUUGGAAAUGAGAGUCAACGAAAAACUCUUUUGGUCUCUUCUGUCACAAGCUUUAGAUAGAUACCAAGAGGCGGAUGGAAAAGUCAGAAAGGAGAUGAUCAAAGUGGUGACUGAAUGUGUCAAAGACAGCAUCCUCGGCGAUGAAAAUCAUGGGCGGUCUGCGCAGUGGACCUUUCCUUUAAGGGAUGGAGGAAAACAGGUUGAACCAAGGACAAUGACAAACACUCAAUCCAGGAAGUGUGUUAGAGGUAUGAAGACACUUGCCACCCUAAUCUUCUCUCAACAGUUUGAUGAAAAGUCUAGGACUCCUACCAUUACUCGAGCCAACAAUGCAGCUUUGUUGAAACAGUGGCAUGAUUUGAUGGAUGGUUACCAGCCACUGAUGACUAUGGCUAGACAAAAGGAAGAUGUGACUACACAAGAUCUUGAUUCCUUUCAUUUGAUGGCCAAUCGAUUUAUGACACAGUACGUGACCUUGUUCGAUGGACAGGGGAUCACCAACUAUAUCCAUAUGAUUGGGUCUGGACAUCUCCAUUACUACUUGAUGCGAUAUGGCAACCUCUACAAGUUCUCCCAACAAGGAUGGGAAGCAAUGAACCAGAAACUGAAGCACUUUUAUUUCAACAACACAAACCACGGUGGCUGUGCUGGCAAUUCAAAUGGAGACAUGAUUAGAGGAGAUCAUGUCCGUCCCCUUAUGCGAAUGUGUCAACGUUCCUUGAUGUGGAGACUCGGUCAUGGGGAUGCUUUCUUCCAAACGCAAACUAUUGCAGCCAAUGAAGACAACGGAGAAUAUCAAUUGGAUAUCAACAAUAGCGAAUCACAGUUGGAGUCCCAGAAUAGAAGCAGUUACUUAGAAGAAGUUGCUGUUGAGGUGCCAAAAACAGGAAGUCAAAGCCAUGUGCCACUGGAAGACUUAUUUGAGGAUGAAGUAGCGGAGCCAGGAAAUGCUCUUCUAUAA